CCACAAGCCUUCCUACCGCCACAUUCCGCGUUUCAAGCCAAUUCCUUCAACUUCAACACGCGAUAUCAAACAUCAUUUUGAGCUGACGCCGACUUUGCCCUUGGCACCCCAAUGGCUUCGCGAUCGCCAUCUCGCGGCCGUUACAGGUCGCGCACGCGCUCACCUGCUGCACGCUCGGAACGUUCUCGUUCACCCCAGCGCCGCCAUCAUCACGACUCGCGGUCACCCGCCCGCUCCACAUCACCUCAGCGUCGUAAUGGCCGUUACAGAUCUCGCAGCCGCAGUCGGAGCCGUAGUAACAGCCGGAGUCGAAGCCGCAGUCGUAGCUGGAGCCGCGGGGCUCGCGAUCGCAACGACAGAGAUAGGAGUGCUUCCCCAGCCGCCAAGAGCACAAAGAUUGUAGUAGAGCGACUUUCUAAAAACAUCAAUGAGCAACAUCUUUAUGAGAUCUUUGGGCAGUUUGGACGCAUCAAGGAUCUUGAUCUUCCCAUGAACAGAACCUUUGGAACAAACCGUGGCACAGCAUACAUACUUUACGACUACGAGGACGAUGCCGAGGCCGCGAUAGCCCACAUGCAUGAAGCUCAAGUGGAUGGCUCCGCGAUCAAUGUUUCCAUAGUGCUUCCCCGUCGCAAGCUUUCUCCUGCGCCUCCAACGGCUCGGCGUGGAGCCAACAUUGAUCCCAGAGUUCCGUUUGCGGGAACACGUGGGGGACCCCCUGGUGCGGGCAUGGGAGGAAAUAACGGCAUGGGUGGUGGUGGUGGAGGUCGCCGUCGAGCAUCUCCAGGAAGUCGGUACGGACCUAGGUCUGAUGUGUAUCGUCCAGGAUCGCGUUCGCCUUCCAGAUCGUCGGCUGGCCCCCCUCCUUCCCGUGGCGGUGGUGGAAGCCGAUAUCGCAGUCGAUCCAACAACUCUUUUUCAUCUAGAUCACGCUCAAGAUCUCCAGGUCCCAGGCGAAAAGCAGCCGGCCGCCACGAUGAUCACGAGACAAGACGACGCGGGAGCAUUGAUAGUCGCGAAGGUCGAAGUCGAUCUCGCAGUCGAGGACGCGGUCCAAAAUGAUUCACGAGCUCUAAGGUGUAAUUAAUUUGCUUCGAUUGGCGUUACGAGAGGAUAGGAAAAGGAACAGAAUAAACAACGGCCCCAGGUUUUAAUUAGCUCUCGGAAACAAGUUAGUCACUUGUAUCUGUCUCCCGUUUGGCAAACUGACAUCUGACCAGAUAAAGGUGUACGUCUUACCAUGUUCGGCAACGACGCUUGUUGAGGACUCUCAAGAAUCUCGCCUAUCAUCUUUUUGCAUCAGACCGGAGGUUCGCUCCAUUCUGUUACGGCCAAUCACUCGCCCAUUGUCCGAUUUAUCUGUCAAUGUCCCAGUUCAAUUUAUGUACGUGAUCUCGUUUUGGUUUCGGCGUUUCAGGACAAUUGCCGCGGACGGGGCCAGCAAGGAUUGCCCCCGAUGCCUUUCCAUGGAUAUGCACAAGUCACAGAUUUCGGAACUGGGAAGUGGAGGAUAGACUUUGAGUGCUACUGCUCCAGCCACUAUUUUCGAACGUAUAUGGACCAUUCAGGGACCAGUCACUGGUCACUAGAUCCCAUCUACCAUUUGUUACGAUUCGCACUCUCCCCGCUCGACUAAGGGGACCUGCUGUGGGCAUAUGAGAGACCCCAUGCUUAGUGGACUAAGUCUUGGCGCAACUCAACCCUUCACGAUAGGUUGAUCCAACCAACACUCCAUCAUGCACCGAAGCACGGCAACAGUGGGAUGGUUUGAGUAGCACUGCCCAUACAAGCAACACGGUCUAUUGAGCCAAGACAGCCUGAGACCAGGCCGGGGUCUUAGUCUUGGCCUCAGCGUUUUUCACGCACAACGGUGGCUUCUCCUAUAGGGCUGAGGAGAGGCCGGUCCUACGACGCCGCCCUUGCAAGCAAGAUCCAUGAAUCGUGAGCGACCAGGGUAUUAUUUGGUCUUGAGCUUGGCUCGGGUCACCGUUUCAAGAGGGGCCGCUGUCAGACUGCACCACUCGCCAUACGACAGUCUGUCAUGCCCUCCUGGGCAGCUAAGUCGUGACUCAGUUGUCAAAGCGAGCUCGGUUUAAACAUGCACCGAACACAUAGAGCGCAGAUGUUUGUCACAUAGCAGAUCUGACACCACCAAGGGUGUCUUGACAGGCAGGAUGUUCACACAUUCUCUUACGCCAUGCAUAUCGGUACAAUACUGGAUAAGCUGUGUGUCACAAUGGUGACAUCGCAUCUAGGGUACAGUACACACCCCCUUGCGGGUUUUGUGACGAGAUCCCAUUCUGCACUGGCGUAAAUCGAGGCCGUGGCAGUUUUAAGCACAGCCGCACAUCGCAUCACUCUCGGCGGCCAUACUAGCAUCGUGUAUUCGCCGUCAAGAGCAUAUCAUACCAGCAUGUGAUCCACUUGCAUGGCGCCAAUUACGAGAUCCCGGGGCAGGGUACGGGUAAAGGCGCUGCCGGCUAGUCAAGCCAGGAGAUUUUUCCCUAAUUAGCUGGAAGCCUAUAAAGGCAAGAUUCUGAGGCCCGAUGGACAACACCUCGGCUUGUGCUGGGGUGUCGAGCCCCCUUUCUCACAUUACUGCUUUAGGAGCCUUGCAUAUUCAGCAUGGUACGACAGAGAAGGUGGUGUGUGGCGCAUAGUGUCUGUUUCGGGGACCAUGACAAGAGCCUGGUAGACGGGCAGCUGUCAUAGGCCUGUAUUCGAGUUUGGCAGCUGUCUCUGACAUGGGUGCCGUGCGCGUUGCAGGGUUCAAGUCGGUUGUGCUACCGAGGACUUAUGGUCCGGCUGCGUUUUCUGUCUGAUCACUCAGGUAAUCUUUACCUCUGGGGUCCCCUCGGCAGCCACAUUGGGACCCCACCGAUCUCUUUAGGAUGCUAGGUGUUCCUUUUAAGUUGACGCUAUCAUACAUGGGAAGCCGGUUUCAGCUUGUAUGAACCACGGCAGGUAUAUUGAGCCCAGAGUCUAAGAACAACUUUACGCACAUCAUCAGCGUCCCGGCAUGCCUUCUCGGGGCUUUGACCUGUCCUUGGGUCUCUCUGUUAUCUCCCCAUACACGGGAUCUUCCCGCGGCCGCCUACUGCCGCAACCCUGCUAUGAAGAGCAUUCUCUAGAAAUAUGAAUAAAUGGCUAAUGCUAUGGAUUCUGGUUGAGGCUCAAAUCGCCGAUGAGAAUAUCGGUGGCUGUGCCAUGGUCAUACCGGUACUUAUUUAGCGCAUACUGAAAUAUCUACUUGCCUUCCUUACUCGGUCUCCGGGCCCUGGACUGGCUGGACCCUACCCAGAUGCGUGGACUCUGCUCAUCUGGGCAACAUGUUCGUCGUACAUAUUCAAUCCCCCUCACUGGUUUGGCCACCUGAUGGGCUCGGCGCGGACGCGUUGCUGUGAGGCGCGAUGUUGGAUACGACGAUGGUGAUCCUUUGAGAAACAGCGAGAAAGCCACCUGGUUUUAAGGCCUGAUCCUGGGGCGCGGGUGCGGGUCUAGAUGCCGUCGACUACACCUUGCGCAGCUGAUCGUGUAGGUCAACGUGGAUAUCUAUCGUGAACCACCUUACACAUUGAUCUGACGAGUAUCCUACCCACCUGGCCAAGGUCGAUGAUGCGCCAUGUCUUCCAAGGGCGGAACGUGAGCCUCAUUAAGAGGAUCAGUGUCGCACCGACUAUCUGGAGAUACUGGGGGCGGCAGUAAUGUCGAAGAAUAGUAUAACAUAAACCACCAGCCUAAACCAAGACUAUCUAUCGGAUACCUUUUACCACUUCGACUAGUGUCUCUGGAGGACCAGAACCCAGUGUGUCCUCUAUUUCUGUAUUUCUUGUCCUGAUGCCUCUGUAGUUGCAGGCUUUUGAAUUCUCUCACAUGUCCAUAAUGCCUCGGACUCAUCCUUAUCCUUACCUCUAUCUUCACCUUCACUUCAACACUUUGUGUGUGGCUCACUGCCCGAUGUCUCUCGAAUCGCAAGAUCCAGACCCUCCGCCAACACCUCCAGGAGGGCCGCGUGUCCCUCCUCCUCAGCCAGACCCGCCGCCGUCUCCUCCUCAUACAUGGGAACUGUUAUGACCUUUGAGCGUUUCUGCUAGCAAUCUUUGUUAUCUUGUGCCAGAUUUUCUUUGUCGACCAAGCCUCUUUCCGCUUUCUUGGAGUUACAAGGGUUCUGCUUUUCUCGAAGCCAAGAUCGACCUCCAAGAAGAAGGGACCCCUGUUCCGCCACCCGGAGUUCAUGUCUUGGAGAUCGACCUCGUGUAGGACAGUUACAAGAAAGGACAAGAGGCAGGAGAGGAGUUUACGCCAAGCAUCAUGUCACUUAUCAUGCAGCACCAAGUCCGGAGUCUCAUGCUUCUCUGCAUCUCGUGGGGCGAUCAUACCAGGAUUCAACAUAUGGCCCGAAACAAGACUUUGGACCGAACAGGCGGAAAGUACGGGAGUGAUGGAUAAGCCACAGACUGACAGCGUUUAUGGUGUGGGUUGCGAGAUGUGCAUUAUUUGAGAUGGGGGUGGGAGUGGGAGUGGGAGUUUUGCCUGAGACGGACAGCCCAGUCCGUUACGGUACGGUACAAUACAAUACGUUCUGGUGCAUUGCGGAGCGUACGGUAUAGGUCACGGACGCCCUGAAGGACUCUGCCAGAAGUGAUACAGAGAGCUGACUGGGGUAUUGGUUUGUUGGGGAUGCCUUGACAGAUGGAUGAGUCUGGCAGAGCAGCAAUCCGAUGAUGCGGCUUGGCGCAUGAGAGACUGACAUGUAACUCUUUUGCUUUCGAGGCCUCUACCAUAUUGUACCGAUUAUGAAUGAAGGACUGAGCGAGCGAGUUGCGGAAUGGCCCUGAUUUCGCCGUUUCUCAUUCUGGUGGGGGUUGAUGGGUUCCGAUUCCGUACCCAUUCAUAGUGGGCAACGAUACUGAUUCAUGUUCCUUUCCACCUCCUGGCUCUCUUUGGUUGAAACCGUUUCCAUCGUCGCCGAACUAAGCUUGUUAGUCAAGUAAGGGCAAGGCAAGGCAAGGUAUCUUAGUCAAUUAGUCGCUGAGCGGUAUAUUACAACGGCAGAUCUAUAGCGGGUCUAUCGCGUUUAUUUAUCCCGUCUUGACUUUACAUGCAUGGCCUGUCGUCCGUCUAUUCGGCGUAUCUCAAUAUUACCACCUGUAACUGUGGAUUUAUUUACUGUACUUUUACCAUAUUUGUGAUAACGAAUGACUCAGCUGCCAAGGAAUGGAUACUGGUUACGAAACAUUUACGCGGUCUGAACCUGUUUUUCUCCUCUUCUGAUCUACGGAUUUUCUCCUGCUGUAUAUAUCUCCGGGAUAAUUGAGUGAGUCGCC